AUGAAGAAAGGCAUAGCUAUAUUCUUAGCUAUGGUAGUCUGUAUAAUUACUAUUCAAGGUUUCCCUAUGUUCAAAAGACGACGCUGUCAUUGCAUAGAUACCAGAAUAAAAGCAGUGAAAAAGGCAGAUGUUGAGAAAAUCUCUAUAAUAGAUCCAACUAUAGACUGUGACAAAACAGAAAUAAUUAUCACCCUGAAAGCAUCUAAAAGACAAAUAUGCCUAAAUCCCAGCUCAAAGCAGGGAAAAAGUAUAAUCAAGGCUGGCCAUGAGUAA